AUGCUACCAUGCUCGCCGUUAAACGAAGAUCCUUCGGAAGCCAUGAGAAGCCAGCUAGCGGCGUGGUUUCUGGACCCCAUCUGGACGGACGAAGCACCUGACAUGACGGUCACUGUCGGCCAGAACGCGCUCUGCCAGCUAGACGGCACCGCAACCGUCGCGUUUCCUCCAGACGCGGUCUUCAGCCUUGUGUGUGACCCUUACAAUCGCCGCGUGUUUAAGAACAUCAAAUCGGUGCGGAACCACCACGUCGUGCGUGAUUGUAACGGGGUGAAGGAGGUCGAGAUGGACAUGGCGUUUUCGUUUCAGCUGCCGUUUUUUACUGGAACAUUCGACGCACACAUGCGCAUGGUGCAGGACAGACCUAACCGCACCAUGACUUUCACCCUGACUCGACCAGGCUUCAUGCGGAAAUUUGAAGGAUUUUGGAAAGUCCAGCCUCUGCUUGUCCCUGCAUCAUCUGCUGCAUCAUUACAGUCUCAGACUGCUGCAUCCUUAUCGUCACCAGAUCAUUCCAGCUUACGCCGUUGUGAGUCUGCAGAAUCGAGCGAUGGCAGUAGCACCAGCUGCGACGAGAUCAGCACCAGCAGCGACGAAUCCAGCGAAGCGUUGGACGCGAAGACGGAUGCAGACGGGUUGAGUCUCCCUGUAGUACCUGACGGAUUUCGUCUGGCUUCCCGUCUGGUGCUCUGCCAAAUUGUCCAGCCGUCAGUGGCGCCGCCGGCCAUUUUCAAGCGGUGCCUUCACAGCCUGCUGCAGCUGGCCACGAGGGAUGUGCUGCUGGUCUUCCAGCAAGAGGCUUCUCGUUUGAGAGCAGCGCGAGGGGAGGAGGUGAGGGAGGUCACGGAGAAGACAGGGGUUGCGUCGCUGACAUCUAGAAUGUGGAGUUUAUUGAGUGUAAAAGCUUGA